CGGCGCGGACGAAUCAUGAUGCUGCAUCUUUGAUGGGACCCCGAGUGAAGGCUCUCUGCAAUCCUGCGAGGUUUUGCCCGUGUCCUACCAUGCCACAAUGCUUAUAAUUCAUCUCGUGGUGUUGCUCAGCGUGUUGUUGUUCGGCGGUGCGCGGGGCUCGGCGGGCUCGAGGGCGCAGCCGUGUGCCGGGACGCAACCGUGUGACCCGCGACACCGGCGCGACGCCGGAGGACGCGGUGGCGUUUACGAACACCUCGGAGGCGCGCCGCGGCGCAGGAAACUCUACUGUGCUACUAAAUAUCACCUACAGAUACACCCGAACGGGAAAAUAGACGGAUCUCUGGAAGAGGACAAUCCUCUGAGUAUAUUAGAGAUCACAGCAGUGGAUGUUGGAGUGGUAGCCAUCAAAGGCCUGUUCUCUGGAAGAUAUUUAGCCAUGAAUGAGAAAGGUCGCCUAUAUGCCUCGGAAGUCUUUAACAAGGAGUGUGAAUUUCUGGAGCGCAUUCACGAGUUAGGCUACAAUACGUACGCUUCACGGCACCACUCGACAACUCAGCACUCAGGAUCCAGUGGACGGGGCAACAAGCAUCGGGCCUUUGUCAAGAAGCAGUGGUACGUGUCUAUUAAUGGAAAAGGUCGGCCCAGGAGGGGCUUUAAGACGAAGAGCACGGACAAAGCUUCCCUCUUCCUGCCCCGUGUUUUGGGCAACAAGGACCAUGAGAUGGUCUCACGUCUCCUGGAGAGCAGACAAGAUGAGACAAGCCAUCAAAGAUACCGCAUGGGCCAUGCUGAACGAAGGAGUCGGAGGCACAAGGAGCCCAAGCGUCAUGACAGAAGGGGUAAUAGACGCAAAUCUGGCCACAAAAAAGAGACUUCAGAUGGACGAUUGGAAUAGACAAUUUCAAAGAGGACCUUUCAAUGGCAAUAUGCUAUCAUUUAAGAUAUAAAGAUCUUUUCCUUAUAUUAAGAGAAGCAUUUUCUCCUUUAUAUUUUAUUCCUAAAAAAAAUCUUGCAUUUGAUAUGUAAGGACAAUCCAAAUGCAUUUAUAUGACCAAAACUGAAUACUGCUGGAUGUUUUCAGACAUGUGCAUCAGGAAGAUGUGUAUUGUAGAAAGAUGUAUAGUCACUUUCAACAUUUUCUUUCUCCACUCUUAAGCAAAUCAUUUUUUAAAAGAUAAAAUUAGGGAAUUUGGAUAAAAGUGCCGAAGAUGUGUUAUAUUGUUGGACUAAAAGACUUUAUAGAUAAGGUGUCCAGAAAAGCACUUUUUAUCACAUUAACAUGUAUAGUAGGUGACAAAGGUACAUAACAGAAGAAACAGAGGGAUUUUUACAAAAUGCGAUGUGAUAGUCUACUGUCCUUAAACUGCAAUGAGAAGUACUUUGUAUAUUACUAAUGUUAUGCAUAUUUAUUUUGUCCAUGUGUUAAGUUAUUGAUGACAUAGUUUCUACAGUUCAAUAAUAAUAAUAAUAAUAAUAGCCUAAACAUUGUCAUUACCAUUAGAAGAAAAUCAUGACGUUUGUGCUCACACGAGCAGAAGAGUGAACACAGUCUCUGGGUUGAUAUCCAAAAAUACUUUUCAUUUUUCUACACCUGAGAAGUUAAUAUAUCAUUGGUCACUUGUAAAGUCAUGAAUGAAUUUUCUUAUGUAUCGAACACUGUAAUAUGUGGCAGCGUAUAGUAAAGAUGUGCUGUUCAACACUGAAAGCUACAUGUGGAGGAAUGUCACCAAUAAAUUAUAUGGAAAUAUAGAUACAUAUAAAUGUUGCAUUUAAGUUUUUUAAUUAAAAAAAAAGGGAAAAUCGUCAAAUCUUGCAAAGAAAAUGCAAUUCGUACAGCUGAACUAAACAGGAACAUUCGACUUUUGGCAAACUUUGGUUUCAAAUUGUGAAUUAAGAUCUUAAGGUCUGUUAAUUCAUCCCAAACUGAAUGUUUAAAGCCUACUUAUUUAUUUAGUCCUGAACAAUUUAGGCAAUAUAUUUCAGCUCUAUCAAACAAAGUUACAUAAACCAUAUAAUUGAUUCUCAAUAAUACUGAUCCUAAUGCAUAAUGCAUUUCCCCCCCAAAGAUGCAGCUCGUUCCUGCUCAGUCCACCUGUUAAAGUGAUCACACAGGUACAGAGGUCUUUAAACAGUGCCUCUAAAAGGGACUCUCUCUCUUGGGAUGGCCCCUUUUCUUCUCAUUCUGCAGUAAGAAACUUCAUCUGCAAGAAAAUGUUUUUAAACAGGGAUAAAAUUGUCUGCACGACUUUAUAACCUGCAAUUCAAAUUGUACUAUUUGCUCGAUUAAAGGUGGUAAACUUGGUUGAAGAGGCUCAAGAGGCUCGCAGCUUUUGAAAUCUAUACGAGAAAAGUGAAAUGUUAUCCUAUACUUUUGAAAGCUUUCUGAUGGUUGACAAUGGCUUAUCUCAGGGGGAACCUGGGAAGCUGUGCUGUCUGAGACAUUCUUUAACCGUUUUUCAAAACGGCUAAAGCUGGCAAUGUGGAAAACAAGACAAAUCUUUAGGGAACGUGAAAAUUGUUCUAUAGAAAUGGUUACACAUUGUUAUAGUUUGGCAUGAAUAAUAAAAUCUAAUAUUACUUAAAAGGCAUGCAGGAAAAUAAGUGGACAAAAACUCUCCGAAUCUCUGAUAUAUUUCAUCUUUGAAAAUCAGCAUCUGCACCUUUGCCAAUAUGUUACCAAUAUACUGAAUAUAUAUACGUUUUAC